AUGGAGAUUUUGCGGGAUGAUGAAGAACAAGCGCUCAAAUAUAAACGUACGGGUCGUUUGGACAUGAGCCAUGGUUUCUUAUACCACAUUCGAAGGAACCAGAUUGCCAGGUGAAUCACUAAUCUGAGCUAACAUGCCGUGCGGGGUGUAUAUUUGUCUAUCUAUUUUGUCAAUGUAAUCAAUUCUGAGAGCGUUCAGUUUCGAGGGUUUUCUUGAUAAUGUUGAAAUUCAUCGCUAGUACGCCUACUCAUUCCAACCUCUACUGGGCAUGCGCACAACGUCUAACAGAGAACUGCCCCUCUUACAUUUUACAUUUUAGUCAUUUAGCAAACGCUGUUAUCCAGAGCGACUUACAGUUAGUGAGUGCAUACAUUUUCAUACUGGCCCCCGUCGGAAACGAACCCACAACCCUGGCGUUGCAAGCGCCAUGCUCUACCAACUGAGCUAAAGGGGACUCUUCAGAGUAUCAAUACCAUUGACAGAUAUUGCUGUCUGCUGUGUACAAACUACACCCAUCACAGCUCACUCAUCAUGGAUAUUGUUAGAAGUUGGACACUCACAAUCAUUCCAAUGGUUUGAAUUAAAUGGCCUUCUUACUCUCUAAUUUAUAUAAAUAAUGUCUCUCUUACUGCAAGAUUCAGACACUGACUUAUCACUUUGAUGUCUUGCAGAGAUGACUAUGAUAAGCAGGUAAAGCAGGCCAAUGAGCGUCAGAGGACCAGGCUCACCACUACCCCCCGACGGCCCCGCCGGCCAGAUAUCCAAGUGUACCAUCCUCGACGCGGAAGUAAGAAAACACUGCUGCUAGUAUGAACUCUUCUGUCAACUUGAUGUAAGACUCAGUUUAGUGGUGAUGUGUAUUUAUGUAUGUGUCUCCAGAUGGAUCUGAGCCAGGAGGGGGUGCAGAGACUGAAGAGGGGAAUGAGAGUGGGUCGAGUACAGAGCCAGAGACCCAUGGAACUGAACUCUUCUGGCUGGACUACCAGGCUGACUCUGGCCGUGUCACCUCCUUCAUUGUACACAAGGUCUGUCUGUCUAGUGUCUAUAUAGUUAUGAUGGUGCUCAUCCUGUUGCAUGCAGAACAAUGUGCCCUCGUGACCCCUGUUUCCUGUCUCUUAGGAGGACAAGCCAGAGAGGGUGGUGGAGCGCGUAGCAGAGGAGAAUGUUCUGGACUCAGCCAUGAGGGUGACACUGCAGGCCCGGGUUCGAAAGGAAAUGGAUAAACGUCUGGACAAACGCUGA